AAAGGGGUGAAAUUAAAGAUAGAUAUUUUUGCGUUUACCUACAGUAGCAGGCACCUUGUAUUGACAUUUCUCUUAUCACACGACAAUAUUCGAUCAAUGUUAUCGCUUUGUGAGGAGUAAUGGGCUUCUGAACCUUUCCGGAGAUCGACUGGUUUUACGUUAUAAGCGGGCUGAAAGCUUUUAGAGGUACAGGUUUGAUUUUAUUUUAUUUUUUGCUUACAGAGAAGGCUAAUAGAAGGCUGUAAUAUGGCUUCAUCUAACAGGAGAGACAACACAUUUACCGGCUACCUGCCACAAUAGACAGAGGGCAAAAUACACACCUAGAGGACCUCACUGUUUAUGGUGACAGCAGCGCCAUCCUGUGGGGGAUUUUUGGUGCGUUUUGUUCCCCGCAGCGUCAAACCGGAAGUAAACCCUAGAGGUCGUCAUGGGGAGCAAAGUCAGCUCCAAAAUGGCAGCUCCCACGGCUCGAGUUAUUCAGGCUGUACGGCCUCAUGCUCCUCUGAUCAAGUUCCCCAACAGACAGGGCCUGGCCAGACCAAAUGUCCAAGAGGCAUUGAAAACGUUAGCACUAAACCUUCCACAACACAAUGCUCCCACUUCGGCUGCAGCAUCGCCUCAGUUAUCAAGACCCCAUGCACCUUUAAUGCCAAUCCCAGGCACGCCAGACACCCUGGCCUCUAUUCAAUUACUGCCUGCAAGGUACCGCAGGAGACCGUUAGCAGCAGAUGAAAUGGAAUACAUUCAGCGCGGUGGACCAGAGUGACAUGAAGCGAUGCCAUCACUGCAACCAAAGUCCUUAUCUGUUGGAGAUCAGUAUGUCUAUAAUCCUGUUCCUCAGCACAAGAGAACCUGAUGCCACAUGUAGGACAAAGUAUUACAUGGAUCCUGCUAAAAUGUACAUAUGUUUGUUGUUAGCUGUUAAAUGUAUUUUAAGUUCAUACCAACAGGCAUCUUCAUUGUAAUACACACUGCAAAGCCACACUA